AUGUCAAAUAAAGCGCUAUACCAAAAAUCCUAUGAAGUAGCAGAAACAUUACGGCCGAUAUACACUGGUGGUAGCAUUGAUUUAGACGAACAUGGAAGAAUUCUUGCCACAACUCUUGGAGAGGAUGCUCUCUUGACAGACCUUUCGACAGGAGGGCAAUUGGCAAAAAUUGAGGGAGAUUCAGAGCUUAUUUCUACAUUGGCUUUAACGCCGUCUGCCUCACAUUUAAUCGUCUGCUCACGAUCCCUUUCUAUGCGCAUAUAUGCUCUCUCAUCAACUCUAGAAUCAAGUAUCCCAAACAAAUGUGAUCUUGUACGUACCCUCAAGCCGCACACGACGCCUGUCAUUGUUACAGCGGUCGAUCAAUCUAGCUCACUUAUUGCGACGGGUGCGGCCGACGGUGUUAUCAAAGUAUGGGAUCUCAAGGGUGGAUACGUAACACACAACUUUAAUGGACCAAACGUGCUAAUUACAGCAUUACACUUCUUCGAUAUCAACGCAACUAACAAAAAUGAAGAAAAAACUUUUAUUUCAAUUAGAAACCAAGGCCAGAAAUUGAAAAGUAGAAGCGAUAAUGGAGCUCAGAGCAUUGAACACCACAACUUUUAUCUUGCAUCCGGAAGUCAAGAUGGUAAAGUUCGAAUCUGGGAUCUACAGAGGCGACGCUGCUCAUCUACUCUCGACUCACAUGUUUCUGAUGUAACGACACUAGCGUACUCAGAGGAGAAAAAGAUGUUGUUGACUGCUAGUCGUGAUAAAACGAUAAUGUGGUGGGACGUCAGCACCUGGAAAGUUAUAAAGGUUGUACCUACAUUUGAGGAGGUGGAAUGUGCGGGAUUUUUAGAAUCGGGAAAAUAUACCUACACAGGUGGAAACAGCGGAAACAUUCGAAUCUGGCGAUCAGAAGAUUGGCUAGAAAUCACUUCUCCUCAGCCUCCUAAGGCUGAAUCAGGUGCAAUUAUUAGCUCUAGACAAGCAGGGGAUUUUAUCUUCACGGCACAAACGGACUAUACCAUGACACUUUAUUCCACUUCUCCUCUCCAAAAACACGUUCCAACUGAGAUGAUCUCUUCUCUACCAAUUAUACGUAGGAUUUCGGGAACUCAUGAUGAGAUCAUUGACUUAGGCUACUUGCUUCCAGAUCAGUCCCUUCUAGCACUUGCUACAAACUCUGAGGAUGUAAGAAUAGUCUCCCUAUGCGAAGGAGAUAAUGUUAGUGGUGUGGCAACCUACUUUGGAGCAGAUGUUACACAAUUACAGGGUCAUGAAGACAUCGUAAUCUGCCUUGAUAUUGACUGGUCUGGACACUGGAUAGCUACCGGCUCCAAAGAUAAUACAGCUCGAUUGUGGAGAAUAGAUGCCGUCAAUUCAUCAUUUAGCUGCUACAAGACUCUUACGGGUCAUGCUGAAUCCAUAGGUGCUAUCUGUUUACCGCAUCAACCACCUCUAGAAUCCUCACCUGCUUUUAAGUCACCUCUUGAAUAUCCACCCUCAUUUGUUCUUACUGGUUCUCAGGACCAGACAAUAAAAAAGUGGGAAAUUCCAAUUUGUAGCGAUGCUCCUGCCCCUAACGGUAAGGCCCCUCGUGCAAAGUAUACUCGCAAGGCACACGAUAAAGAUAUCAAUGCCAUUGAAAUUAAUCACAACUCUCAAUUAUUUGCAUCAGCAUCUCAGGAUAAAACUGUAAAAAUAUGGGACUGUGAAGAAGGGGAGGUUCAAGGCGUUCUUCGUGGUCAUAAACGCGGUGUCUGGUCUGUUAAAUUUUCACCCCCCGAAAUUUUAGGUCUGAUUGGACUAACAGGGCCUUCGACAAAAAAGGGCCUUGUCAUGACUGGCAGCGGUGAUAGAACGAUUCGAAUCUGGAGCUUGUCAGAUUUUUCCUGUCUUAGCACUUUUGAAGGCCACUCAAACAGCGUACUCAAAGUUUGCUGGCUACAGCCCUCACCAUCCGUUGAACGCAAAAAAUACGUGCAUGUUGUGAGCGCAGGUGGAGAUGGCUUAGUCAAAGUAUGGGAUGUUAAUACUGGUGAGGUCGCUUGCACUCUGGACAAUCAUGAAGAUCGUGUCUGGGCUUUAGCUGUUCAUCCCAUUACAAAUAUGAUUGUUUCAGGCUCCGGUGACUCUACAGUAACCUUUUGGAAAGACACUACCUCAUCGACUCAAGCUGCAUCAACAGCUGCUAUCACCAAAUUAGUGGAGCAAGAACAAAAGCUACAAAACUAUAUUCAUGAGAAAUCUUACAGAGAAGCGAUAGUUCUUGCACUUCAGCUUCACCACCCUAGACGGCUGCUAUCACUAUUUCGAGAAAUUUAUACUGCUGUACCAGAAACAGACAGUUUAUGUGGACUUAAGGCCGUAGACACCGUAUUAGCCUCACUUUCCGAUGAUCAAAUUUUCUCGUUAUUGUUGCGACUACGUGACUGGAACACAAAUGCAAAAACAUCACCUAUAGCUCAGCGUAUUUUGUGGACUUUGUUAAAAAGCUAUCCGUCCUCAAGAUUAUCAUCAUUAAAGGUUAAGGAUCAGGUAGACACUCAGAGUGCCAAGGAAGUGUGGAAUGCCCUCAAGGUAUACUCUGAAAAACAUUACAAAAGUAUAGAUGAACUAGUGGAUGCAAGCUAUCUGGUGGAGUACACACUAAAAGGAAUGGACGAGAUAAAUUUAUUCGAAGAUGCAGCCUCUCCACCUGAGGAAAUGCGACUGGAUCUAGAAGGCGAUAUGAUUAUGAUAUGA